AGUGUUCCUGAGGUACAUUUGAAAGUCCUCUUCCUCUUUCGCUCUCUUCUCUCCGCCUCUUCCACCGUUCGAGGCGGCUCCGAUCACCAUCCCGCAACGCCAUUGCCUUGGAGUUUGGUUUUGAGAGGUGUAGCCGAGGAAAUCCGGGUGGUAGUCUCCGGCCCAGAUCCUUUGAAGGAGUUGGGAGUAGUUCUGGGAGGCUGUCGUUCUUCAAAGGAGGGAGAUGCCUGCUCCGGGUUUCUCUUCGUCGAAGUCGGAGAAGAAGGCGGAUUCCAAUAAUGCGCCGAAUAAUCCCAGGAGAGAUCCUUACGAAGUUCUCGGGGUGGCUCGCAAUGCUACGGAUCAGGAAAUCAAGAGUGCGUACAGGAAAUUGGCGCUCAGGUACCAUCCUGACAAAAAUGCAAAUGAUGCUGCAGCAGCUGAUGUUUUUAAGGAAGUCACUUUUGCAUACAGUAUAUUGUCCGAUCCAAAUAAACGACAUCAAUAUGACACAUCAGGUUUCGAGGCUAUUGAAGCAGAAGGUCAAGAGCUGGAGCUUGAUCUUUCCAGUCUUAGUACUGUCAACACUAUGUUUGCUGCACUAUUCAGUAAACUUGGUGUUCCAAUUAAGACAACUGUUUCUGCAAUUGUUUUGGAGGAGGCACUUAAUGGUUCAGUUGCUGUUUUUCCGCUUUCGCUGGGGCAGUCAAUUUCUAGAAAGGUGGAAAAGCAGUGCGCGCAUUUUUAUUCAGUAGAAAUAACAGAAAGGGAGGCUCACGCGGGAGUGGUUUGUAGGGUCUGCUCAUCUGAGAAAAGCAAAUUCAAGCUCCUGUACUUCGAGCAGGAAGAGAAUGGUGGACUGAGCCUCGUGUUGCAGGAAGACAGCACUAAAACUGGCAAGGGUGCUUCAGCAGGAAUGUUCUUCCUUCGUUUUCCAGUAUAUCGGUUUGAUCCAAGCCAUUCGAUAUCAGUUGCUAAAGAUCCUGAUUCCGCCUUCUUUAAGAAAUUGGAUGGGUUUCAAGCAUGCGAGGUAAAUGAGUUGAAACCGGGCAUCCAUGUCUUUGCAGUCUAUGGCGACAACUUCUUUAAAAGUGUAAAUUACACAAUAGAAGUUAUGUCAGCGGAGAACUUUUCAGUUGAAACAAGAGAACUCCAGGACGUGGAAGCGAAGAUAUUAACUAAAAGAGCUGAGAUCUCCAAGUUUGAGAUGGAGUAUAGAGAGGUAUUAGCAAGAUUCAGAGAGAUGACCGACAGAUAUGCUCAGGAAAUGAAAGGGAUCGAUGAGCUUCUGAAGGAAAGGAAUGCAAUCCAUGCUUUAUACACCACCAAUCUGCCUUCAAAACGAACCACCUUCAAGGGGUCUAGGUGUGAAGAAGAGUGCCCGACAAAAGAAAAGAAGCCAAGGGACCGAUCGAGAAAGAAGAAAUGGUUCAAAAUUCACUUGAAGGUCGAUCGUCGAAAAGCAUGUUAAAAUGGUUAGAAAUUGCCAAUCUUCUACUCGAACUUUCUUACCGUCCAAUGGUUAAGCUUUGUUAUAGGUUUGCUUUUUGAAGCAUUUAGAGAUGCUGCAAGGAUCAAUCAUGGAUGCCUCUCAGGACCACAUUUUGUUCAAUCUUUGUAAGGGUCCAUUCCUUCCCUACCCUUUUUCGUGUUCGUUGGUAGAUUAUCAAUCGCGAAUUCUGAAUGAUAUAAGCUAAUAUUAUCUAUUAGCUGUCAUUUUGGCAGUUUGGAUAUAGGCAAUGCUGUGCGUAUAUUAGACUACCAUCUAUGGUCUUGAUACCUGCCCUGAUCCUUUUCAUUCAUCACUAUGAACUUGUGCAUCGUAAAGCUUAUUAACAAGAUUCAGCUUUUUAUAUUAUUUUA